AUGUUAUCCAACAUGAACCACUUCAAAAUUUCCUAUUUGAAUUAGAAGAAGACACUCUUGCCAUGAGCCCUGUGAACUACAAUCCAAAUACCGUGUAUGUCAUGCAAUCUCCUCACAUGGAUUUGUUUCAGCAAGAUACUGCAAUGUGUGUGCAUGCAAACUUGGCACCGUCAAACAGCUACUGCAUGAAGAGCUUGCCAUUUCAUACCCAGACAACACACCUUUUACGAACACCAACAUUGGCCAGUACCACAAAUCCCUGAAACAAGCUAUGAAAUCUACCCUGAAAGUUUGAGCUUCAACCAACCUGCUGAAAGCUAUGAUCUUCAUCCAUAUUUUCCUGUUACACCAUUUCUUCCAGUUGGCAUUCAUGAAGAAGAUGAAUUUCAAGGUUUCCCUCUGAAUUCCGAAAAUGAUUCUACGCCUGAAAAUUUCAUGAUGUACACCACAGAAAACGGCUCAUUUUUUAUUGAAAAUAUGCUUUCGGAAAUCUCUGUAUUUGCUUACAACAACUUGCCAAAUUGGGGAUUCUCGCAUCCUUUGGGAUAUGUGCUAAAGAACAAACGAGGAUUGUUCGGAUGUUUCACUCUUCACGCUGGAAAGGCUUGUUAUGUCAAAUUUACGCCCUACUCAAUCAAAUUCUCGAGUAAUCAACGUGGAGUCGCAUAUGUGAUUGACGAAGCUGGCGUCCGUACUUGUUGGGAAUCCUUCAAGUCAUUCGAGGAACUGAUCUCAGAGAGAGAUCAUAUGUGGAAAAAGAUUGAUCGGCAUCAAGUUAUCAUGCAGAGACCUUGCGACUGUCUGGCUUCGUCGUUCUUCCAUCACAUGCCAUCCAAAGAAAUGUGGAAUUCCAAGUCUGAAAAAAAAGAAAUCCGCAUCGAGCGAAACGGUCUGAGAUUCUAUUCUGAAACAAGCGUGUUAAAGAGUCUGAAUCUCGAUUUGGAAACAUAUCAGCUGACUUCAACCCUCAAACACGUCGGAGAGAAAGAUGGUCAUAUCUACCCAGCUAGCAUGUCUUUAUUGGAAUACAUCAUUUUCUAUGGAAAAGCUAUAGUCUUUUACAUUUACCACACGUUCAAAAUCCUAAAUGAUCGGUUAGCUGCUGCCUUUUUAGCCGAGAGUGGGUUUGAACCAUCAUCUUUUAAGUCAUCAAUCCAAUGCUAUAACCACUACACCAGCAACGGAGAUGAUGAUAAAGUCCCGAUGUGA